GACAGAGUUGUCCCUUCUUACGUUAACAACGGUAAUAAUUUUUUUUUUGGAUUUCUAAGCCAAAUUUUCAUCGGCCCGCUUAAAAUUAUCCUUAACCACAGAUUGGUUAAUCCCCAAAAAGAAAAAAAAAAUUGAUUAGAAAUUCGCUGAAUCAUGCAAGGCGCGGCAAUAGAAUUUAGUAUAUAUAUCAUUCAUAUUAUAUUUUCGUCCUUUCUUUUCACUUCUAUAUCUUUUUUUUUAUCACUUGAAAAUGAAAGUCGAGAAACAUCGCAAAACCAAUCAUUUCGUACCUUGUCCGUAUCGAAAACAGCAGCUGGAGUCGAAUCAUCCCGAAAAGCUGACUAAACCUCAAACCUUUGGAUAUAAUCAAGCCUGCGCUUUAUUAUUAGCUAUCGAAUUAAAUCGACGUACACGACUAAGCAAAAAAUGUUUAGCACAUUUAGCGUUAUUUGUAUCUCAAGCUUGGGAAGAUAAACCCUGCCAAGAAAAGAUCCAGCAAUUAUAUUAUAUGAUGAACAACUUGUUGGAUACGACAACCAUGGAUACGACAGAACCAUUUGAGACUUCACUUCAAAAGUUUUGUGAAAGUCCAGUGUCGACACCCACGAUUUGCCCUAGCGUUACAUUAUUAAUUGCAAUCAGUUACGUCGAACGAUUAAAUAAGAGAUAUCGUGAUUUAAAAGGAACUCCAGGAUGUGGAUUCAGAAUGAUUAUGGUGGCAUUCAUCAUGGCUUCCAAAUACAUUCAUGAUAGCCUUCGUUUAAUUAUAUAUACCAGUAAUCGAAAUAUAACACCCAACAUGAUUUCUACACCCAUUACACCACCCACCUCUCCCAAAAUUCCAAUAACUUCUACCACCUCUGUCAUUCAAAGUAUCACCAACGCUCUUUCUAUCAACAAUACGCUUGUUGAGAAAAAUGACGAUCCAUCAUCAAAUAUGGUAACACCUGCGUCAUCUCCUCCUCUGGAAAAGAUAGCACCCAAGGACAAUGAACGAAAUUUAAGAAUAGCCAGAAUGGAGCAGGAAUUCUUAUUCUUUUUAAACUAUGACUUGUCUGUACAAGACCCUUCACUUCUUGUGUUAUGGGCACAGAGCUAUCAAGUGCCAGAAAAAUCCCCAGAAUCCGAACAACCAUAUACCUCUGCUGACGAUGGAGAUGAUGAAAUGGAUGACGAAGAUAAUUAAUCAUACCCGCCACUCACAUUGAUAUCACUUCAUCUCUCCAAACUCUACACAUUCAUCGAUACUUUUUCUUUUAAAUACAUAUCAUAUAAUAAAAUAUCCCCCCACACCCAAAAUUAAAAAACUAAUCUUUUAUCCAUCAAUGCUUGUUGCUUCCAUCUCGGCCAAUUCUUUUGUGAACAACUACAUUGAUUCUUUCAUUUG